AUGAACGACCUCCUCACUGUUCUCAUGAACUAUUUCAUCACUGUUCUCAUGUAUGACCUCCUCACUGUUCUCAUGAACUAUUUCAACACUGUUCUCAUGUAUGACCUCCUCACUGUUCUCAUGAACUAUUUCAACACUGUUCUCAUGUAUGACCUCCUUACUGUUCUCAUGAACUAUUUCAACAUUCUCAUGUAUGACCUCCUACUGUUCUCAUGA